UGAAGUGGAGAGGAGGCAAGAUCAGGAGCGUCGACCAGUCUGCAGUCAUCAAAUCGAGAAUACUUAAUUCCAGUCGGUAUAAACUGGUUAUGCAAGAACUUGUUCUUCAUUCCAAAGGAUAACCUGGAUUUUGGAUAUCCUGAUUUAGCUUCCCUGAAGAUUGCUACUUUUUUUCAAAUCAAUUUUUCCCCCAUUGGGCAUUUUUUCUUCUUAAAGUUCCAGUCCACCCCAUUUACAAUAUUCAACCCUACUACCACCUGACAUCGGGAGGACUUCCAUCGUCUCAGAAAUGUGGCCCAUUUUGUCCCUCUUUUUUUUUGACAACAUCUAGUUUAAGGAUUUUUUUAAAAAAAAUUCCCAUAUCCCCUCACCACUUUGAUUCAGCAAUAUUGGAGAAAGAAAAAAGAAAAAAAAUUAAAAGGACAUUUUCCAGCAACUACCCAUGUUAACAAAGCAGUCUGAUGGGAACAGGUCUCUAAGGGAGGCGAAUUAGGCCAGAAGUUGCCUCUCACCCUGUUCAGUCUUUACUCAUCAGUCAGGUGUUCCUUCAGGAUCCACACAGUACGGAGUGAACCUUCAAGAAGAGUUUGAGAUCACCAGGAACCAUCUCAGGGAGAUUCACGUGGACCCCUGACUUGACUGGGACGAGAUCCCAACUUCACUGAAGAGAUCCUGACGUGGAAGAAAACAGACAUGACCAUGCAAGGAGAUGACUGCUACUUCUACUAUUACUCAAACUGCACCAAGGGUGACAGCUGCCCUUUUCGACAUUGUGAGGCCGCCAUGGGCAGUGAGAUCACUUGCUCCCUGUGGCAAGAGCAAAUGUGCUUCCGCAACAUAUGCAAAUUUCGCCAUAUGGAGAUAGAGAAAAACCGCAAGGAAAUUGCAUGCUAUUGGGAGACCCAGCCAGGUGGCUGUCAGAAGCCUCACUGUGCGUUCAAUCACAAGAAGCCACGCAUGAUUGAUGGGAAUUGCAUCCCCCCAAACAAAGGAUCCAAAUUUUUGAAUAAAGAUAAAGAAGAGCCACAUGAAGAACAAGUCAACCAAGUCUCUGCACCCACUGUGAACCCCACUAACCCACAGCUCAGAGGAGUCAUCAGAACUGAGACCCAGGAGAGUGUCCCCAGCCCCACCCAUCCACCAGUGGUUAUCAACCCUGUGGAUGAUGAUGAUGAGGAUGACCAGUUCUCGGAGGAAGGAGAUGAAUCUCUCGGAGGCUCACCAAGGAAAUUGAUCAUAAGUAAAAAUGAUUCUCUGAAUUUUGGUGUCCAGACGCUAGAAGAGAUCAGGUUAAGGAAAGCACUCAUUGCGAAUUUAAAGAGAGCUGGGCAGUCCAGCCUGCAAGGCCCUGCUCAAAAUAGUGGAACUGUUAUUGAAAAGGAAAACAGUCAGUCUUACCUACGGCUGGAAAACAACAGUGCCAAAUUUGAGUCCUCUGGAAAUGAAGUUGGAAGAAGAAAAAUUGCAGACAGACUUGGUAAAAGAAAUUUUAAAAGAGCUGGUACUGUGGUGGAAGAAAUCCCUCUGAAGCGAUGUCUUGCUGAACGUCUUGGUGGAUUAGUUGAAUCCUCCACAGACAAGCCUCCACAGAAGGCUCUGAAACCAGUGCGAGAAAGACUCGGAUUGACUAAUGACCUCUCUACGGUUGAUUCUGAGCCAAAGUCCUCUGGAGAUAUUCAUAUAAAAACUCUUGAAGAGAUUCGCCAAGAAAAGGCUGCCAGAACCGUACAAGCUGGCAAAGUUGAGCCCGCCGUGAAAGAAGUGCCAGCAAAGGCGCCCAGCCCAUCAAAACAAAACGGCAAACCCGCUGGUGGACCUCUAGUUAAGACGUUUUCUGAAGUUCUUCAUGAAAAGAAAAAAUUACAGAAUAAAAAGUCAGAGGAAGCAAACACAGCUGCUGGAAGCCCAGAGAGAAAUGAGGGGCCCUCCACUAUUGGAGCUGCAGUCAAGGCCUCUGGCAUAGCUGGAGAAGUACGAGUAAAGACACUUGAAGAGAUACGCAGAGAGAAAGCUACACGAAUGCAAGCACAGCUUCAGGAGACGGGAAACGAUAAAAGCUCAAACUCCAGUGAAGUGGAGUCUGGUGGAGCUCCAAAGAGGCGAAUAUUACGCAUUAAUAAAACUUCAUCAUCUACAAACACUGUGUGUCAAACAAAACAAGAUGCAUCUGAUAAGAACCCUGAACCUGUUCAAGAGGCAAAUGGGAAAGUAGGAAGUUCGAGUGAGCCGAUCAAAGUGAAGACGUUUGAAGAAAUCAUGCGAGAGAAGAGGCUCCGCAAGCAGCAGGAGGAGCUGGGCACCUCCACUAUCCUGAAAGAAGUCGAAUCACCUGCUGCCUCACCAUCAGCUCCUGCAUCCACCACUCAGUCCUCAGUGAGACAGCGGAUAACCCUCAAACCCAAAACCCCACCUCCCCCUACUGCUGUAGUACCCCAGCAGAAAUCCCCAGAGCGGCCUGUGUGUUCAUCUUCAGAUUCACCAAAGGCUCCGACCCCUGCGCUGUUGCCCGUCCAGGUUGCUGAGGGGACUAUUCAGACAACCGAGACCAAGGUAAAGCCUAAAGUAAAUGUAAAGCCAUCAGUUGUGAAGCCAGCAGCGCAGCAUCCCCAGAAGCGGAAUGUUUCCAAAGUUCAUCACUCUGCUGUUGCUGAAGUGAAACCUCUUAACACUGCUCGCCAGACACCUUCAGCACAGGUUAUUCCCAACAAACGGAAAAUGUUGGCUUCACCUCCAGUUGAGACAGACACUCAGUCUGACAUUCAGCAAGUGUCCUCUCACGCAGAGGAUGUUAAAAUGGUACCUGCAGAGGAUGCUAAAGUGGUGCCUACGAUUGAGCCCAGCAGUACAUCAAAAACAUCUGAGACUGUCGCUGUCCCCCAAAGCUCUGUCAUCCGAACGCCUAGUUUGCGUUCUCGGCGGUCCAGCAGCUCAAUAGGUCGGGCUGCUGCUGUUAGCAGUUCAUCAGUGGAUGACUUUGAAGACCUGUUAGAUGAGUUUACUGACGAUCGACUGGAGGAUGAAUUGGACUUGGACUCAGGCAAGGGAGAGGAUGACCUCCUUUUAGAACUAUCAGAGAUGAUUGACAAUUAGACAUCAGCAAUUGUCAUCCUACAUAAAGGCCCACUGCCAGUAAAGACUACAUGCAAUUUAAAGCAUUUUACUUAAGAUUUAUUUUUAUUUGCAAACCUAGAUACAUGUCUGUUUUUAAAAAAAAUUUUAGUUUGUUGUUUUGUCAAUGUAAUAUGAUUUCUUCAUCAUCCAGUAGUGCUUGAGAAACACUAGAGUGUCUGGUUUUGUCCCAAAUUCUCUUUAAUUUGACUUCUUAUAGCUGUCAAAAGUGGAAAAAUGUUCAGAUGUUUAAAAAGCAGUCUCAGGACAGCAUCAAGUAUAUUAAUUAUGUUGGAAGUCAUUUAUAGCACUAACUCAAAUCGUGUAUUACAGAGACAGGAAGUUUUCAAUUGUGUACUGUGUAUGCUGAUCUAUAUUAGGCACAGCAAUGCAACCAUUUUUUUUAAUAUUCAUUUAGAAUCACAUGUAUUUAUGAGUUUUCUUUCCUCGUUAUUAUCAAAAUGUUUUUUUUUCUGUGAUGAUUCACUUACUGUUCAGAUAGCAUAGGAAAACUUUUUUCUCCUGUUUUAUUAAUGAUUUGACUUGGAAUUCUGUUUUUAGUUUGUGUGGAAGAAAUUAAGCAAGUUUUACGCUAUGUGAAAUUUCCUUUGGACCAUCCUUAAAAGCUCACCUCAGGUUGUACAUUGGAAAUUACUAUCAAAGUGUUUUAGCAGUGACAUCCUUCAGACUUUUGACUUAGGAGACAUAAAUGUUGAGAAAGCUUUGUUCUCAGGGAAAAUGUUUCAGCUUUGCUUGAUAUUGUCUUAAUAUUCCUGAAUAUUCUUAUUUUCUUCAGAAUAUUGCUCAGUUGUUUUUAUUUUGUUCAACUCAACAUUAUUUUGUUCAACUCAACAUUAAUCUCAAGAAAUUUGUGUAAUGUACUUUGUGUUGCUGAUGUCUACCUUUACUUAUGUUGCUCCUCCACAAAACCAUUUUUGUAAAUAAAAUGUUUGUUGCAUUAUAUUAGUGUUUC